ACUUUACAUUUAACACAAAUCCACACUGCAAUAACUUGAAUUUUACUAUACACACUGCAGGUGACAGCAUUGGAAACUCAUCAUCCGCAAGAACAUCCGUCCAUCCACCCAGGCCACUUUCUGAAACUAGUCAUCAAUGGCGGAGUUGGAGAGCCCUGCGGUGAUGCUGAAGGUCAUAAAAUUCCUGUCUUCUCUCCUCCAACGAGUCGCGGAAGCAAACGACGUUUUCCGAUGCUUUGAUGCUCAGAAAAUCUCAAUCUUCCAUGGCUUGACCAGGCCUACAAUCUCCAUACAGUGCUAUCUUGAGAGGAUCUUCAAGUACGCCAAUUGCAGCCCGUCGUGCUUCAUCGUGGCCUACGUUUAUCUUGACCGGUUUUCGCAGCGACAGCCGUUGCUGCCGAUCAAUUCCUUCAAUGUUCAUCGCCUUCUCAUUGCCAGUGUUUUGGUUUCUGCCAAGUUCAUGGAUGAUAUAUUUUACAACAAUGCUUACUAUGCCAAAGUGGGAGGAAUCAGCACGGCAGAAAUGAACCUGCUUGAAGUGGACUUCUUGUUCGGUUUAGGCUUCGAACUGAACGUGUCGACUGCUACAUUUCACCGCUACAACUCUUAUCUCCAGAGGGAAAUGCUCCUGGAAUUCCCUCCUCUUGCUGCAGCCCCAUCUCCGCUAGGCCUUGGCAGGACGGAAAAGCUCCGUUUCUGCGUAAACAAUGAAGGGUCUACCCACCAGCAGCAGCAACUUGCAGUUUAGGCUAAUUCGGGCACGUUUGGUCCAUGACCCCGUGCUAAGAUAAAAACGAGACCCUGAUUUUGUACCGAGGGACCAGAGAGGGAACAAGAUCGAGUGCGACGAAUUUGGUUGCAAUGACAUCAACAUAAAUUUCCCUUCGUUGAUUUUUCCCUCAUGAUUUGUUGCAUUUUUUUGGCGAUUUUGGAUCUGGAUAUUUCAUGCUAUAUUGGUUUUAUGUUCCAACUGUUCAUA